AUGACAGGUUCCAGUGGCCGCAAGGGCCGCCGGCGCAGUGGGCGAGGCAUGCACACCGGGCGCGCGUAUCUCGAAGAGGACCGCCCUCUCAGCGAAGGCAGCGGGCGUGGAUCUUCCGGUGUUUCUGGGUUCAAGAAGAGUGGCUUCAACGAUGGAAAUACGAGAAGUUAUGGAUCUUCAUCCAAUCCUCACCCGAACGGGGCCUACGACGGAAGGUACAGCGCUUCUCGGGAUGACGUGGGCGAUGGCUCGCAAACGUCCGGACGAGAAGCAGCACCUACCAGUUGGAUUGCGGCCAGUUACGACGGCGGUUGGGGCGGCGCACGCGGGGGGGGGCGGGCGGUGGGGAGGCCAGUGGGCGAGGAGCGGAGGCGCGCCUUUGAGGAAACGGAGACAGGGACUUUGGAUUUCGCGGCCAAGGAGGCGUAUUGCACAGCGGCGGGUUCGAACUCGGAUAUUCCUCACACGCCAGUGGAUUUUCGGAUAGCAGUUUUGGAGGGGACGGGUAUGGAGGGGGGAACUAUGGAUCUACCUAUGGAAACCGAGGAUAUCCAAGUUCUGGGCAAGGAGGAAGGAACGGGUACAGUGAAUACGGAGGUAGAGGCAACAGAAAUAGAGGUUUUGAUCAUGCAGAUUGGGGAGGUGGCGGAACAAGGAAAAGAGGAGGUAAUGGAGGUAGUAAUUCUCGAGAUGGUUCUUAUGGAAGUGGAAGUGGAAGUCGGAGAGGAGGCAGAAGACAUGGUUAUAACGAUGACGACUACGGAGACGAUUCUCAAGAAGACGAGAAUUCAGAAUAUGAUGAGGAUUCAGAUGAAGACGAUUCAGAAGGAAGUUCCAAGAACGGUGGGAGCGGGAAGGGGGGAGGCCGAGGGGACAGGAACAGGAAUUCGCGUAGAGGGGACCACCGACAGGGAAGUCGCGGGAGGAACAAUCGGCGAAGCCAAGAUUGGAGGCGUAUGCUUUGCGUCAAGGGACGGCCGCGGCCUGCUGGCAGCCACUGACCCGGACGCCGCGCAGGACGACGAGGGCUCGCGGGAGGGCGCCGGGGAGCGCGGGCGCCGGGCGCGCAGGCCCCGUGACGCGCCCUCCAGGGGCAAGCAGCACGGCCGCCCG